AUGGCCGUUAUGUCUUUCAAACAUGGUCUGCGCCCGGAAAGUAAGUUGAGACAAUCACUUGCCAAGCGCCCGGCCACAGCAUUGAAAGACUUGCGUGCCAGGAUUGAGCAUUACGCUCGCCUCGAACAUGAUCAGAUCCCCAUCGAGGUAGCAUCAGCAGAACAAACGGCUUGGCACAAGAAGAGAACAGAUCGAGGAGAACACCGAGGGAUCGCAGUGAAUGAAGUGGAUAAGUCCAAAUCCCACGAAGCCGUCGUAACCGUAUUCAAAGAGCCGAUCUAUCAAAUCUUAGAAAAGAUCAAGAGAGAGCCCUUCUUUGUCUGGCCACCAAAAAUAUUGAAAGAUCCGGCUCGGUGCAAUCAGAAGCUCAGAUGCACCUAUCACCAAGACAGGGGGCACAUGAAUCAGAACUGCAGGGCACUAAAACAACACUUGGAGGACUUGGUAGCAGCUAGGCACCUUCGGGAUUACAUUGAUCACGAUAAGGAAGUGACCGAACUGGGGAACCCACCACCAGAACCAAAUAUUGAGCAUCCACCUCGCUUGAUAAUUGACGUGGUUAGGCCCAUAAAGGUUCUCAGGUGGGCUUGGCCAUUCAGAUAUCGGGUGGAGAAGCGUGAACCAGUCCGACCCAUUCCCUCUGGAACUCGUUGUAUCGUAACUGUAUUAUCAAUAAUAAAUGUGAUCCAUGGGACAACGACUCAGGAACUUGAGGAGACAUUGAAAGAAGAGAUUGCUAAGGCUGUGCAAAUCCAACAAGUCAUGUUAGUGGACCCUGCAUCGAAAAAGGUACGCACGGCACCCAAAUCCCCCUUGUGCACUGUUUCAUUUACUAGAAAGGAUUUAGAAGGCAUACAACACCCACAUACUGAUGUACUGAUUAUAACUGUGGGAAUUGUGAAAUGA